UUUUUUUUAAUUUAUUCAAUUAAUUUUUAUCGUUAGAAUUUAAUUCCAAGUAUUUUAUUAUUGAUUAAAGUGUUUUGUAAUAUUAUUUUAAUUGUGUUUAAUAUAUAUAAAUUAAUUUAAAAUGACGAGUAACGAGAUAAUUAAACGAAAACGCGAAGAGUACGAGAUGCAACUGUUUGGCUUUCAUUCGAGCAUCGUUUAUGCGACUCUAAAAUCAAUGAUAGAUGAACAAAUGCGUAGAAGAUUAUCAAAACUAUUUGAUUUUAUUGAAAACAAAUAUAAAGAACAAAUUGAUGAUGAUACUCAAAGAUGGUUGAGGGAUAAAAAAAAAUUGACAAAAGCAUAUCAUCAAGGCACAAGAUAUCAUUUACCAGCAAUCGAGAAUUGCGUCAAAAGAGUCAUAAACAUACCUCAACAUGUUUUGUUGGAAGAGGACAUGGUACAAUCAACUCAAUACACUGAAAUACAAUAUAAAAAUGCUGAAUGUAAACUCAAAGAUUUACAGUUGAAAAUUAAACAGGCACAAAUGAUGAAUGCAUUCAUGAAAGAGGAACUUGAAAUUGCCAAUGAUUUUGAAGAAAAUAUUGAGACUGUCAAUUCAUUGUGUGAUGUUAUUGAAGCUCAACCAAAUCAUCAAGAUGUUGGUAAAGACUUGAUAAAAUUGUUGGAGUGUCAUCAUGAUCUGAAACAGAAUCUUGAACAACCUGUUGAUUCUGAAUCUAUUUAUCGAAAUAUUUCUACAACGAAACCAUCAGUUCAUGUUGAUAAAAGAGAUUUAGAAUUUUACUAAAUUGUUAUAAAUAUUAUAUCCAUUUAGAAAGUAUUAUU